GAGAAUGACCUGCCUAUCUUCUAUAUCAUUACUGAAAGGGUAAAUCAAGGUCCUCUAGAUGAGAAUGUAAACCAAACAUCAUUUAGAAACGCAAGAAAUCUGAGAUUGUUUUUUAUGAUUGGUGUUUAACAGUUUAGAUUUGCUACACUCUUAAAAGUUAAAGAGACAACCAUGAAGAACCUUUAACGUCAAUGGAAACUUUCUGUGGCAUAAGAAGGUUCUUCAGAUAUUUACAUUAAGAAGAAGAAGAAAAAACUCUCUUUUAGAACCUUUUAUUAGUGUAUAAGGUGCAACUUUAAAAUGGACAGUAUUUGGAAUAAGUAUAUCUUUUUUUAUCUAAAUCACAGAUGACAGCAUUCAAAAUGUGUUGUAAUGAAAGUUUAAACAUCUAACUGGAGAUAAAAUCAUAUCAGGUGGUUCUGCAUUAAUAUCAUCCCUUGAAUAUUUAUGAAGAUACGGAAAGUUUGAGCUUCCAGGAAUCUGCGUUCUGAUUGGUGAUGGUGGGGAUUUAUGAGCCGUCAAGCUCAGUUGAAGAUCUGUAUAAAGCUGAGGCUGUCGUCAAACUGAAGCACAAACACACAGAAUCAGCAAACGCCUCCUGUUCUGAGUCCUUGGUUUGGUUCUAAGUGCAAACAUGUUCCUGAAAAGCGGAUUUGUUUUACUCCUCGUUUUGGUUGCAUCUGUGUUUGGAACAGAUCAAGAACCUGCACAACCAAGACGAGCACGGUUCUCUGCCAACAGCCCUACUGAGGUUGCCCGCUGUCUGAACGGUGCUCUGCAGGUGGGCUGCGCAGCGUUCGCAUGUCUGGAGAAUUCGACCUGCGACACUGACGGCAUGCAUGAGAUCUGCAACGCCUUCCUCAACACUGCUGCGAUUUUCAAUACAGAGGGUAAGACGUUUGUGAAAGAGAGCAUCAAGUGCAUCGCCAACGGUAUCACCUCUAAGGUCUUCCAGACCAUCAAACGCUGUUCCACCUUCCAGAAGAUGAUUGCUGAAGUGCAGGAGGAAUGCUACAAGAAGCUUGACAUCUGCGAGGUGGCCAGAUCUAACCCUGAGGCCAUCGGAGACGUGGUCCAGGUGCCCAGCCACUUCCCAAACAGGUACUACAGCACACUUCUGCAGAGCUUGAUGGAGUGCGAUGCAGACACCGUGGAGGUGGUGCGAGCCGGGCUGGUGGCCAGACUCGGACCUGAUAUGGCCACACUCUUCCAGCUGCUUCAAAACAAGCCCUGCCCACCCGAACCUGCUGCCGCCGGGUCUUCUGGGAUGGAGGGCCACACCGGCUUCCGCUGGGCUCCCAUGUUCAAGAUCCAGCCCAACCUGCGCAACAGGGACCCCACGCACCUCUUCGCCAGGAAACGCUCAGUUGAAGGGAGCUCUUAGAUUCACAUCUUCACAACUCUCCAUUUGGAACAUGCAUCAUGCUGAUGUGUAUGUGGAAGAUGAUAAUUAGUAUGCAUUAAAAAUGUAGUUUUAUAACAGGACACAAUGGAAAUCUUUGCUUAGUUCACAAAAACCAACAACUACUUGAUUCUUUAAUUGCAUUACAUUCAAUAUACAUGCCAAUGUAAUUUAUAGAAGAA